CUCUUCCUCCUGGUGCUCAGCAUCACUGAGCCGCUGCGGCCAGGUUCCCGACUAGCUCUGGCAAGACUACUCUCAGAGCUCCGUUGCACCCCGGGGCAGUUUGCUUGUCGCAGUGGUACCAUCCAGUGCAUCCCUUUGAACUGGCAGUGUGAUGGAUGGCCCACCUGUGAGGAUGAGAGUGAUGAAGUUGACUGUCCAGGCUUGACAGGGGACCAACGACCUUAUCAUGGGAAAGAGAAUGUGGACUCCAGGCACAAUCGAGGCAGAGGAGCAGAUACCACCCGCUUUCACACUGUCAACGUGGCGCAGCCUGUCCGCUUUAGCAGAAAGUGCCCAACAGGAUGGCAUCACUAUGAGGGCACAGCCAGCUGUUACAGGGUGUAUUUAAAUGGCGAGAACUACUGGGAUGCUGUGCAGACAUGUCAGAGGGUGAAUGGGUCUUUGGCUACCUUCACUGCAGACCAGGAGCUCCGGUUCAUCCUGGCACAGGAGUGGGACCUGGAGGAAAAAGCCUAUGGAAGGAAGGACCAACGUAGGUUCUGGGUUGGAUAUCAGUAUGUCAUUACCAACCGAAAUCGUUCUCUAGAAGGUCACUGGCAGGUGGCUUACAAAGGUUCCUCAGAAGUGUUUUUACCUCCUGAUCCCAUCUUUGGAACGGCCAUGUCUGAAAAUGAAAAUGUUCUUUGUGCCCAGCUUCAGUGUUUCCAUUUUCCCACUCUUCGGCACCAUGGCUUGCAUAGCUGGUAUGCUGAAAACUGCUAUGAGAAGUCUUCGUUCCUCUGCAAAAGGAGCCAGACUUGUGUUGAUAUCAAAGACAAUGUUGUUGACGAAGGCUACUAUUUCACUCCAAAAGGGGAUGAUCCCUGCUUGAGCUGCACUUGUCACAAUGGUGAGCCAGAGAUGUGUGUGGCUGCCCUGUGUGAGCGGCCCCAGGGCUGUCAGCAGUAUCGCAAAGACCCCAAGGAGUGCUGCAAAUUCACAUGCCUAGACCCAGAUGGGAACAGCCUGUUUGACUCUAUGGCAAGUGGAAUGCGUCUGAUAGUGAGCUGCAUCUCCUCCUUCCUUAUCUUGUCUUUGUUGCUCUUCAUGGUCCACCGGCUGCGUCAGAGACGGAGGGAGCGCAUAGAGUCCUUGAUUGGAGCUAAUUUGCACCACUUCAAUUUGGGCCGCAGGAUGCCUGGCUUUGAUUAUGGUCCAGAUGGGUUUGGAACUGGUCUUACUCCACUGCAUCUCUCAGAUGAUGGUGAAGGGGGGGCAUUUCAUUUUCAUGACCCUCCACCACCCUACACAGCUUACAAAUAUCCAGAUCUUCAGCAUCCGGAUGACCCGCCUCCUCCCUAUGAGGCUUCCAUCAAUCCAGACAGUAUCCUUUGUUCUACUCCAGACGGAGUUCUCCCUCAGACCGUGCAGAGCAGUCAGCCGUCACUAGGAAACAGUGAUGUCUGUCCACAGCUCACAGAGGAAUCUCUUCCUCCUUCAGUCGGUCCUUCUCCAGUAGAGCUGGAAGACUCAGCUGAUAGCAGCACCUUCCUCGUCCCUCCUGACACACCUUUAAGUGAAAAUACACCGGCAGAAACUCUUACGGGCAGCCGCCACAGUCACUGUUCUCUCAAUACCAUUGUAUAAAAGAAUAGCAAGCUUACUGCCGGUCAGAAAUAUUUUAGCAACUGUUUGCACACAGCUGUACAGACAAACACUAAUCCAGGGGUUGAACUUCAGAAGGAAGCUCCACUUCGUUUCUGAGCACUCUGCUUUUAUGUUCUAGUUUAGAAUCGUACCUCUUUUAUUUUUUUUGUCUGUUCUUAUUCAUUCACUAAUUGGUCUGUCCUGUAAAUAUGGAUUGUAGAAGCUGCACCUUUUUCCACAGGCUAUGGAAAGGAAAGUGCAGAGAAUUAGUCUUUGACUUCUGAAGAGAGGAAAAUCAUGGGUAGCUUUGGUUUGGUUUUUUUGGGUUUUUUUGUCUGUCUUAAUCGCAGAGAAGAAGUGAGAAUCUGCAUCGGAGAUAAAGCUGCUUGUUUUUUGGAUACCAUUGGAACCAGGGAACAGAUGAUGAAGAAAAAGAAAGGGGGCAGUCGCCACGUUAUCUCAUGUCUCUCUUGCUCCAGUGCUGCACUUGGAAAAAGCACAGAAGUCUAAACUUUUGGGGAGUUGGGUGGCUGUGUUUUACAGAAGCAGGAACACUGAGGAGCUAAAACACAAGCCAAAGAAGAAGAGGUAUAUGGUGUAAAGUGUGUGUAUGUGUUUGGUCUCUGUCACUGCCCCACUAUUUCAAAACAUCGGAGGGACUGGAGGAUGAGAAGGAUCUACAUAACAUUUAAUUUCUUUGCCUUUUCUCAUAAAUGGGCUCAGAGAAACUGCCUUUUUCAGUUAACACUUUUUAUUUAGUUAUCUGUAGUUGCAAAUGCCUUGUACUGUGGCAGGUAAACUUCUGGCCCAUAAACAACUAUGGGUCUGUGUAAUGCUGGCUUCUCUUCAGAAGAGUCACAGUGCAUGCUAGAUAGUGUUUUGGUGAAAAGAUGAGGAGGAUUAACUCCUUGAUUAAUGCUCCAGUUGAUUGUCUUUUUCCACUGUAGUAGACCUUUUAAAUCAUCCCUUUCCUUUUAAGUUUAGCUUAAUUUAAAAUAGCAAAAUUAACUUGUGCACUACAAAAUGUGGUUCAUUUCGAUCAAUAAUAUGUUUCCAGUUUAGGCAAAGAUUUGAAACAUACUGGUUUGGAUAACAUGGAUACUAAAUACCACUUCAUGUUUUCAAAAUGAAGUGAGGUUUCAGCGCACAUGGGUUUUCCUUCCUCUCCCACUCAUGUCACUCUGAUUAACCCUGACUUACUGUAGCAGUUGUCUCCAGCUGGAGCAGGUCAGGUUAGUUAGAAGGGCUUUCAACUGAGAGCCCCUCAUGACUGUUCUUCUGUUGCCUUAUGACAGGUACAAGCCUAGAGGGACAGGAAGAAGUUGCUGCAUGGGAGUGGGGUUUUAAUUUUGCUAGUUACAAAGAGAGGAUACAGGAUUGGCCUAAUCUGAUCCAAACCCAGUUAUGUGCUUACCCAGUACCACUGAUUUUUUUUUUCCCUCCUUGUAUAUGCCGCUACCCUCUAUUUUGUGUCUUGCCUUAGGCCACACUGUACCUGGGGAUCAGUUUUGAUUAUUCAACAUCUCUGCACAGAAAACUGUGACUUACUUACUGGAUCAUAUCUAGUAUGUUUUGAUAUUCAGUCACUUGGAGACUGUCUUUAUUUCCUUGAGGGACAGUGUGAAUAUGGUUCUCGUGUACUGCUAAUGCACAACUGUGCAUUAGGAUACACUGUUAGAAAAAGUCCCUCCCCUCAGAAAAAGUUGUGUUCACAAAAUUGUUACCCUUCGCGGCCUGGCUUAAUCCUCUUCGGGUGGUACAAAACGAGAAGAGCAGUUCUCUACCCAGUGGAUCUAUUGCUAGUUCCUUCUCCUGAAAUUUGAGUCCUGUUCCAGUGAAGUGGGUAGAUAAGUAGUAGUCAGAGCCAUGCAUACGUCUUAUGACUAUAUUGAGCAUUUCUGAAGUAUGAAAAUAAAGCGGGUUUUGUGCAUUUUUGAGCACAUUCAUACGUUUUAUACAUUGUAUGUAAUGAGUUUUCUUUAGUUUUUAUAUGUACGAGUGUGUGCGUGUUUCUGGGUGGCGAUAAUAAAUAUAUACUGUAGAUGGUA